CAAAUUCUGUGCAACAACAACUACAAACAACAAAAGGUGCAACAAAGUUAAGAAUUUGUGUUUUGCAUAUUGAUAAGACUGCCUACAAAAGAUAUCAUAGCAAAGUUUUUACAUAUAAUUAGGCAAUUAGUUCAAAUACCCCGCCCACAAAAUCAAGUGUGCACUUUAGUGCCAAAAAUGUGUAACAACCACAACAACAACUAGUGUUUAUAAUAAUUGAAAAACAACAAAUACAAAUAAAAGUAAACAGCAUUUAAGCGUUUGGAUUUAUUACGUAAUGGAUUUCAAAUUAGCAACAACAACUACAACAACAUCAGCAGCAGCAGCUACACAACAACUAAGGCAACACGGAUAUGCAUUUAAACAAUGAUAACAAUGAUCAAGUGAAACUUUAAAUACAACAACAGCUAGCAGCCUAAGCAAUACAACAACACAAAAGCGCACUUAAGCUUAGCAUUAAGAAGCAAAUAGCAACAACAAUUAGCUGUAAAUUUAAAAUGCAUGGACAUCAUCAUCAUCAACAGCAGCCGCAGCAGCAGCAACAGCAGCAGGCGCUGCCGCCGCCGCAACAAGUGCAACAAAUGUCCGCCACAAUGAAGAUGGCCGGCAAUCCACAGCAGCAGCAGCAGCAGCAACAACAAACACACAUAGCCAUACAGCAACAGCAUCCACAUCCGCAUCAUCCGCAUCAUGCACAGCAUCCACAUCAUCAUGCAAAGCUGCUGCGACGCUCGCGCAGUCGCAGUCGGAGUCCAACGCCGGAUGGCACACAGGAUUACGAUGUGACGCGCAUGCGCGAGGAGGACUUCGAGCGUCUGGCCGUAUAUCUGGUGCCCGACGUGCAGGCGGAGCGCGGCCUGCCCAAUCGUGCGGAUAAGACGCUGCCGCGCAGCCUGACGCUCAAGUCCUCCAUGGUCUACUCAACGCCAAAUGUUAAGACUGAAGGAGUUUGGAGCAGCGGAGUCAUACCGCGCGGCACACGCUUUGGCCCAUUCGAAGGCAUUCCAACCUCAAAUUAUCCAAAUGAUAAGAAUAAGGCGCGAUAUUUCUGGCGGGUGCAGGGAACACGCCACAUAACCUACGGGAAUAUUAAGAUCUUCAAAGAUGAUGAUUAUUAUUAUCUGGACGGCUCGGAUCGUUCCCAAUCGAAUUGGAUGCGCUAUGUAGCCUCGGCGUACAGCUUGUCGGUCAUGAAUCUGGUUGCGUGCCAGCAUCAGGAGAACAUCUAUUUCUAUACCACCCGCGACAUAUUGCCCAACGAGGAGCUGAUGGUCUGGUAUUGCAAGGAUUUUGCCAGCCGCUUGGGCUACGAUGUGGAUCCGGAGCGCACCAUAUUCGGUGCCUGCAAGCAGGACGUGGAUGUCGAGGAGGAGGAAGAUGAGGACGAGGAGCUGGCGCACAAGAAACCCCAUUAUGCAAUGGCCGCACCUGAAAUACCCGCCGAGGUGGCUGUUAGUCACAUCACCUAUGUCAUGGGUCUCCAUCUGCCAGGUGCGCCGCCGGCAGCAGCUGCUCCUCCGCCAACAACAACAACAACAGCUGCCCAAUGUUGUCGACGCGCCAGUCCGCCUGCCCAUGUCAGCACCACCAGCAACCACAACAACAACAACAACAGCAGCAGCUCCAACUCGCUGCAUCCGCAUAUACAGCACAGCCGGCACGCGUCCGUGAUCAUUGGGCAGGAUCGUUCGCCGCUGAACAGCAGCGGCUGCGACAAGGAGACGGCUGGGUCGCCGUUGUGCGGCAAGGAUGCGCACUAUGAGCAUCAGCUGACGCCGCAGGAUGGCAGCGUGCGGUCGGUGCGCUCCGAUGAGGGCUACCACAGCAACGAGUGCCAGGAGGAUGGCCUGACGCCGCCGGAGGAUUCCAGCGACAGCGAGAGCGAGCACAACUAUGUGCUCGACUGCUCCAAGAAGGCGAUUGCGCCCAAGGAGACGGUCAUUGCGCAGGCGCAAAAGCCCAGCAGUGUGACGCCGCCAGCCACCACGCCCACCGUCGCCGCCGUCGCCACGCCCAGCUGUGAGUCGGACAAGAACGAGUUCCGCAAAUUCAAGGUGAAAAUGCCGUUAAAGUACGAGUUCAAAAACAAGAGCUGUGUGAAAACGGAACCGCUCAAGGACGUGGAUGAGCAUCUGCCGCCAGCCGGCGUCGGCUUGGAGGAGGAGGAGCUGCACGAGUUGCAUGCGGCAGCGGCGGCGGCAGCAGCAGCGGCGGCAGCGGCAGCGCAUUCCGAGGACUCGCUGUGCCCGCCCACCACCACAACAACGCUAGGCGAGGAGCAGCACCAGCACCAGCAGCAUCUGGAGCCAACCAACACACAGCCCGCCUCCUCGACGGUAAUUGUGUUGGAGCACAACUCGGGUGGCCAGACGCGCACCAUUGUGCCGCUAAGCAAGCCCUACUACGAGGCCGAUCCACCUGGUGAGCGCUAUGUGCGCUUCACCCAGCCCAGCUCGAGCAUACUGGAGACCAUACUGACCAGCCAGCAUCGCCUGGAAGCCGCCGCCGCCGCAGCCAAUGCCUGCAGGCAGGCGAACGCAGCGACACCGCCGCCCACCUCGCCCACGGAGAUGGCCUACAGCUACAAGAAGUCGCAGCGCUAUGGCAAUGCCGUCAGUCCCGAUUCCAGCUCCAAUCUGGGUCAGCCCCAGGAGCUGAGCGGCGCGCACGUUGUGAGCGAGCAGGAGCUCAGCCUGAGCCGCGCUACGCUGAUCAAAGGCGAGUGUUCGCCGCCACCCGUCGCCUCGCAUCAUCAUCACAAUGUCAUAUAUUCGCCGACGAGGACACAUCAUGCCGCCUACGAGCCGGGCAGCCAUUCGCCCAGCUAUGCCGGCUAUGUGGGCUACCCGGGCGCGCAGUCCAUGCAUGCGGCCACCUCCACGUUCCACUCUCCGCCGCACAGCUCGCACUCGCCCUUCGAUCGCCAGUCGAACGCGUCCAGCGGCGGCGGCUCCGCCUCCAAUUUACAUCUGCUGCAGAGCAGCACCCAAAUGCUGAACCAUCCGCUGAUGCAGCCGCUGACGCCGCUGCAGCGUCUCUCGCCGCUGCGCAUCUCGCCGCCCAGCAGUCUCAGUCCGGACGGCAACUCGUGCCCGCGCAGCGGCAGCCCCCUGAGUCCCAAUUCGCUGGCCUCGCGCGGCUACCGCUCACUACCGUAUCCGCUGAAGAAGAAGGAUGGCAAAAUGCACUACGAGUGCAAUGUGUGCUGCAAGACCUUUGGCCAGCUGAGCAAUCUCAAGGUGCAUCUGCGCACCCAUUCCGGGGAGCGGCCGUUCAAGUGCAAUGUAUGCACGAAGAGCUUCACCCAGCUGGCGCAUCUGCAGAAGCAUCAUCUGGUGCACACGGGCGAGAAGCCGCAUCAGUGCGACAUCUGCAAGAAGCGCUUCUCCAGCACGUCCAAUCUGAAGACGCAUCUACGGCUGCACAGCGGCCAAAAGCCGUACGCCUGCGAUCUCUGCCCGCAGAAGUUUACGCAAUUCGUCCAUCUGAAGCUGCACAAGCGUCUCCACACAAAUGAUCGGCCAUAUGUGUGCCAGGGCUGUGACAAGAAGUAUAUCAGCGCCUCCGGCCUGCGCACGCACUGGAAGACCACAAGCUGCAAGCCCAACAAUCUGGAGGAGGAACUGGCCAUGGCGGCGGCAGCCACCUCCGAGUGCCUGGACAAGGAUUUGCCGGAGCCGGACUCGCGCGAGGCCUAUGAGCAGCUGCAGCAGCAUAUGCAUCCAGUUCAUCCGAGCCUGCGUCAUUUGGCCGGCGCUCAGUCGCCGCCGCGUCUCAUUCCACUGGGCGGCAAUGGACAGCAGCACAUGCACAUGCAGCAGCUGCAGGGCCACCAGCCCCAUGCGCAGGCGAGCAAUGCGCCGCCGGGCCACCUAAUGCACUCGCCACACGGCGGCCCGCCUAUGCUGCUGACCACAGCCAAUCAGCUGCCGCCGCCAACAACGCCACACCACCUGCAACAGCAGCAACAGCAACAGCAGCAGCAGCCGCCACAGGCCUCGCCCGGCCGACAGCCGCCAACGCAUCAGCAACAGCAGCAGCAGCAGCAGCAACAGCAGCAGCAGCAGCAUCUGGGGCCACCGCAUCAUCUGGCACAGCACUCGCCCAAGUCGCUGAAGCCGCUGCCGGACGCUGGCUAUCUGCAUGGGCCGCUCGUGCAGACGCAGGAGAAUCGACCCUCGGUCAUCGAGUCCUCCAGCCAGCCCAUGAUCAUUGAGUGCACGUAGAUCCGGCAUUCAAGUAUCCGUAACUGUAAUUCAAGUGCAAUACAACAGCAACAACAACACACCUAGAAGUUAAGAGAACCGUACGGAAGCGGACAGACGUUACCUAACUGCAGCACACACAAGCACACAUAACGGUAUUAUUAUUAGAUUGUACAUAGGCAGGCGGGCCCAAAACAAAACCCUACAAACCCACUCAAAAUUUAUUAAAGAAAACCAACUCAUUUCGCGCUAUGAAAAACUAGAUCUCAACAAUUGGCAGUCCCUCAGCAAAAAAAAAAAAAAAAAA